CUUAAUUGUGACGUGACUAGUGUGAACUCUCUUUUAGUUCCCGACCAAUCACAAUCGAGCUUCGUACAAUAAUAAGUAUUGUUAUUAACGUCAGUCCAAAGGCGUCAACAACCCAAGUAAGACAUUUUCAAGAGUGAUACGCAAAUUUCGCAAAAAUGGUUCGAGUUUUUGUUGUCGGUGUCGGAAUGACAAAGUUCGAAAAACCGGGAAAACGGGGAGAUGAUUAUCCGGGAUUCGCGAAAGAAGCCAUCACCAAGGCCCUCGAUGACGCUAAAGUAAAAAUUUCAGAAGUUGAAGUAGCGACGUGUGGUUAUGUUUAUGGCGACUCGACCUCUGGCCAGAGGGCCGUGUAUGAAGUCGGAAUGACGGGUAUUCCAAUUUUCAAUGUCAACAAUAACUGCUCAACCGGAUCUACAGCUUUACUUCUAGCCAAAGAGUUUGUAGAAUCUGGCAAACAUGACUGCAUAUUGGCUGUGGGUUUCGAAAAAAUGGAAAGAGGCAGUUUAUCGUCAAAAUUCAUGGAUCGCACUAACCCCCUUGAUAAACACGUCCAGCUUAUGGCAGAAAUAACCGAAAUGAACGAGGCCCCAAUGACCGCGCAAAUGUUCGGAAAUGCCGGAAUCGAGCACAUGAAACGAUACGGCACCAAACCCGAGCAUUUCGCCAAAAUCGCGUACAAAAAUCACAAGCAUUCCGUCAACAACCCGUAUUCGCAAUUCCGCGAAGAGUAUUCAUUGGACCAAAUCAAGGGCUCGCCUCAAAUCUUUGGUCCCUUGACUAAGCUGCAGUGUUGUCCCACCAGCGACGGCGGCGCCGCCGCCAUCGUCGUAUCAGAAAAGUUCGUCAAAAGCCACGGUCUUGAGGGCCAAGCUGUUGAAAUCCUAGGCAUGGAAAUGGCCACGGAUCUUCCGUCCACUUUCGCUGAAAAUAGCUGCAUUAAAUUGGUUGGUUAUGAUAUGACAAAGACAGCAGCUGAUCGCCUGUUCCGAAAAACAAACACCAAUCCCACUGAUGUUCAAGUUGUGGAACUUCAUGAUUGUUUCUCCGCGAACGAAUUGAUCACAUAUGAAGCGCUGGGUCUUUGUCCACCGGGUAAAGCUGGUGAGCUAAUUGACAGAGGCGACAACACGUAUGGUGGGAAGUAUGUGGUGAACCCCAGCGGGGGCUUAAUUUCCAAAGGGCAUCCAUUAGGGGCUACUGGAUUAGCGCAAUGCGCCGAAUUAUGCUGGCAAUUGCGCGGCCAAGCUGGCGGCAGACAGGUUCCAGGAGUCAAGUUGGCCCUGCAACACAAUAUUGGCUUAGGUGGCGCUGUUGUCGUCGGUUUGUACCGGCUGGGAUUCCCUCAAGCAAGCAAGGGUGGAAACACUCCAGCAAAUACGUCUGGAGUCAACGAAAAUGAUUUUAUUGUUGCACCAUAUUUGAAAAUUCUGGAACAGGCAAUGGCGAAUGACCAAGACAACUUGAUUGAAAAACAUAGAGGAAUCUAUGGGUUUAAAGUGAAGAAGCCGAACGGGCAGGAGGGAUAUUGGGUUAUUAAUGCCAAAGUUGGCAAGGGUAGUAUUGAAUUUAACUCAAAAGUGAAACCUCAAGUCACCUUUACCGUGAACGACGCCGACAUCGUCGACUUGAUCACCGGGAAACUGAAUCCACAAAAGGCAUUCUUCCAAGGAAAAGUGAAAAUCCAAGGAAAUAUGGGUUUGGCGUUGAAACUGGCCGAAUUGCAGCGCACAGCCGCCAAACAAAUUGCAGAUAUCCGUUCAAAGUUGUAACAGUCAAUGCAUUAAAAAUAUCUGUUAUGGUUAUUGUUCAUGUUAUGAAUAUAUUUUAGACUCGUGGUAAUGGACUGACAUUCGGGUUAGGUCAUUGUGUACUUUUUUUAUGUAAUAAACACUGGUUAUUA